UAGAUUAUGUUAAAGUAUGGAUUGGUUGACAUGGUUAAGCGAAUGAACUAUGUACAUGAUAUAUGAAUCUGCGAAACUGCGCUGACUUUUGGGCGCACGACACGUUCAAGAAUCCUGUCUAGAGUCGUUGUGAAGUAUUUAACGUUAUGUUGCAGGGUAACAUGGACCGUCCCGAAGUUACAUUUACUUUGGCGUAUAUUGUUUUUGUUUUUUGCUUUGUCUUCACACCAACUGAAUUUAUAUCAGCGGGAGUUACAGUGCAAAAUCUGUUUUCAGGAUGGCUAGGAAGUGAAGAUCUAGGUUUUGUUCAGUAUCACAUAAAGAGAACAACCGUAACUCUUCUCGUUCAUUCCAUAUUGCCACUGGGUUAUUAUUUCGGGAUGUGUAUUGCAGCUCCAGAUAAGAACCUAUGGUACGUCCAUUCGGCGAACGACAUCUGGCAGCUGUACUUUACCAUAUCAGUCGCCCUUCCCCUAUUCAGCUUGGUGCUCGUCCUUCACUGGUCACGGAACAAAUGGGGAAAUCAUCCUAUUUCCAAGAGCAUAGGCGCACACGCACUUCCACAAUCAAGCUGGAGGGCAGUGUCGUCUUCUAUCAACACAGAGUUUCGUCGUAUUGACAAGUUCGCCACGGGUGCCCCAGGUGCCCGGGUUAUCGUCACAGACACUUGGGUCAUGAAGGUUACAACCUACUACUUGCAUGUGGCACAGCAGCAGGAUAUCCACCUGACCGUUAUAGACUCAAAGCAGCAUGAGCUGUCGCCGGACUCUAACACUCCAGUGCAGAUUCUGACCAUCACUGUGGCCAGCAUUAAUCCCAGUGUAAAGCCUUUUGACAUAAGAUUGAAUUCUACAGAGUAUGGGGAGUUGCGUGAAAAACUGCAUGCUCCGAUCAGAAACGCAGCCAAUGUCGUCAUCCACCAGACCCUGAGUGACCUGUUCCUGGAGACGUUUAAAUCCCAUGUGGAAGUGAACCAGAUCUACUCACUCCCCAGUGGACUGGAGCUGGAGCCCUGCAUUGGCUGCAUGCAGGUUUGCUCCAACACCAAGCUGCUGCGGCUGUGCCAGGAUGACGGCCAGUACGAGGGUGAAUGCCAGCAGUGUUACUGCCGUCCCAUGUGGUGCCUCACCUGCCUAGGCAAGUGGUUUGCCAGCCGACAGGACCAGCAGCACCCUGAGACCUGGCUGGCCAGCAGGGUGCCCUGCCCUACGUGCCGGGCCAAAUUCUGCAUUCUAGAUGUGUGUCUGGUGCAGUGACCCUUUAGUGUGCCUUUUCCCAUUGACUGAGAUGUGUACUUUGAAAAGGUUGAGUAUGUGAAAAUAUUCCUCAGGAAAGAUUUUCAUUGGACGUAGCAAACAUACCAAUAAUAAGACUUUGCACAAAAAUGUAUAGUUUAUUCUUGGUAAACCAUAUACACUAUGGGUUUUAUUCAUGUAAUAGCCACUAGGUGCUCUUAAAGGUUUUUUUCACCAGCCAGUAAUGGUGACAAGGGACAUUUUGACACUCUUACCAUGAUAGUGUUGCUUAUGGCAUUACUGUAAGGAUGGUUAUACAUACGGGAUUUUGAUGAUCUCUGGCUGUCACUCUUUAUCAGGUGGUUUCACUGUAGAGAUUCCAUCUAGCCAUGACAUGAUCUUUUUAUUACUCCUUCAUAUUUGUGUUAUGCUCCAUUAUGAUUUCAUUGCUAAGGGAACUGCGCUAAUUAAAAUUUAACUGGCUUACUUGGUGAUUAAAAAGUAGAUUUAAAAUAUUUUUAUUUGGGGUAGUUUGAUUUCUUCGGGGGGGGGGGGGGGGAUCUCUCAAAUGAACCAAAAAUUACAGUAUUUUAUGGCUUCAGAGGUGAUUUCUGAAAGACACAAAUUUCAGUGAAAAGGCAGAAAAUGAAAAAUGAGAAAGCGGAAAUGUUUCUUCAGUUCUAUUAAUCUCUAAUUAUCAGUUGUAAAUGCAAUCAUAAAUAAACAACCUGUGUGGCAA